AUGGGGAUUAAUUAUCUCAGUGGAAGAAUUCCAAGCUCCUUGUGCAAUGCCACUAUGCUCAAGAGCAUAACUUUGUCUAGAAACUCAUUUUCUGGAUAUAUUCCAGACAUUUUUGGCAGCUUAAGAAGCCUCCAGCAGCUCAGUCUUGGUGAAAAUAAUUUGACAAGUGAUUCAGAGCUAAGUAUUAUAAAUUCUUUCACGAAUUGUAGAUAUCUCUAUUUGUUGUCAUUUAAUAGCAAUCCAUUGGAUUCCAUUCUUCCAAUGUCAACAGGAAACCUUACUACUUCUCUGCUCAACUUGAAUAUUUGGGGUUGUUCAUUGAGAGGCACCAUUCCAGCAAGUGUUGGCAACUUGAUAAACCUUAACCUCGGGCCCAUCCCAGAAUCAUUUGCUCGGAUGUUAAGUUUGGAACUCCUUGAUUUAUCAGAGAAUAACUUGUCUGGUAUCGUUCCCAAAACAUUAGAGGCACUUGUGUAUGUGAAAUAUUUCAAUGUUUCUUACAAUAAGUUAAAAGGAAAAAUCCCGGAUGGGGGACCUUUUGCAAACUUCUCAGCUCAGUCGUUCAUGGGGAACAAAGAAUUAUGUGGUGCUCCUCGUUUCCAUUUUCCGGAAUGCAAAAUUGAAAAAUCCCGAAAAUGGAAUGCACAUAUUGUGUUGACAUAUAUUUUACCUGCAGCAAUAGUUGCCACCCUUCUUGUGGAUUCCUUUGCAUCCUAA